CUUCUUACUUAAUAGAUGAAGAGAAAGAGAGAAACGAGAAGAAAGAUGUAUAGCGUUUCUAUUCCUCGCGAGGGAAAGCGGAGACUCGACGCGCAGGGCUUCUGACGAGCUUUACGCAUGAUCUGCGUGCCUGCCGCCGACGAGCUUUACAGGCAAGGAUACGACAUUCAACUACGUGGAAGAACCACGACACGCUAAAAAUAAAAGCUGACGUCAGGAGGCGACGACAGCUGUUCUUCAUAAAAGAAUCUUCGUACUCACGGCACCACAUCUUCAACAGUAAUUUAAGUUAAGAAGCUCAUCCAAAAUGGGAGCCGAAGUGCAAAUGGAUUUCGCGACGAAGAUCGUGGAUGUUCAGGCAGAAAUCGGCGAAGUCAAGACCGCUCUGCGGAAAGGCGAUGGAGGAAAACACUUAGGAAUGGCAGGGGAUACACUGGCGGAAUAUCUGCUGCAACUAACUUAUGGUCCUCAGGCAACUUUGUUGAUCCAUUUCGAUUUCCAUCCGUCUCAGGAUCUUUCUUGGUGCCGCCCUUUGUUUAAUACCCAUGGAGUUGGAGUACGAGGGAACCAAUCUUCGGUUUGCUUUUGCUGCCACAGAUUAGAGCAGUACAAUUACGAGGGAAAAGAAAAGUACCAAGUAGAUGGAGGGAUCGAGGUGGAUCCUCGACCAGAUUCUAACGAAGGAAACAAGAGUCAUCUUUGCUAGAGAUUAUGGCUAGAAGUUUCGAUACCAGUGCUAGUGAGGGAGGGACAGAGAGCUACGGGUACGGCAGUGGAGGGGAAUAUUACUACAACACUAGUGGAGGAGGUGGACCUUCACCUUACGGAUAUGGACCUGGAGGACAUGGUCACGCAGGCAGUGUAGGAUUAAGGCUUCCGGGAAUCUUCCAUUUUGAAAAGCAUCCGGAGGCAUCCAUUUAAGGGAAAAACAGCCCCAGGAUGAGCUUCAAGAUGGAUUCCGGGAGGAAGGUCUAAUAGGAGUAGGUGGAGGAAGAGGACCAGUAGCUCCUAGCAACUACAAAGACCAUCAAGUAGUGGGUUCGAUUUCUUCUACUCCAUCUUCUAGACCAGGAGACACCAAAAACGAAGGCAGGCUUCCACCGAUGGAUCCGUCCAAGCCUCUCGACAAAGCACCUGUAGUCGACAAAGACGACGUAGAAUUAAGGGUUGCAAGUUGACCGAUCUCAGAGGAUAUCUACGACCUUUCCAAAGGGGAUAAGGCUAGAUAUUAUGCGAGCUAGAUCGGUCAGCUUGCAGCCGCUAAUAGAAAGUGUCUUGAAUCAUUUAGAAUACGCCAAGGACGCCUGCGCCCCUGAUGUCGAGACGUAUUUGCGUGUGCUAUCGAGGUCGCUCAAAAGCCUAGCCUCUUUGGUGUACAAGGUGUCCAACGCACAAGCGGCUUUAAAAGGUGGUCGUGUGGUCGUUUUAUUAGAUUACAUAAUGCGGCAAUACGACUUGGGAGAUGGCUCACUCAGCGGAUUCGUCGCAGGAUGUGUAUUUUGAUUUUCCUUGCUGUAUGAAGAUAGAGAUACGUGAUAUUUGGCCGUGUUUGAAAUGCAACUACAACAGUACUACCAGAUUUGUCUUCUGUACAGUCGUGUUCUUGUGAGAAGAUUAGACGAUCAAUCUAUAUUAUAACGAGCAGGACAUGCAUGUCUUUCCUCUUGUUUCAAUUCUACAAUGAUGAUCUACUUGAUCCGUCACAGGUCUGCAAUCUUGCUUACGAUGGUCCGUCAUGUGCACAACUGGUCACCGCCUCAGGCGGUGUCUCAUUGCUCAUUUCUCUUUUGAACGCCAUGUCGCUGUUUCCUACGCAUAACUACCUGCACCAAAAAGCUAGUGAGGCAAUCGCGCGAAUUCUGACGGAGGAAGCGGAGGAGAAAGAGAUUAUGGAUGGCUGCUGUAGCCUAGCAUUGUUCGUCGAUGUUGAUUUCUAUGGUAGUUUGAUCUCAGGAGCAGUUCAAUCUCUAAUAUAACCGGCACCGCUGACAUUUCGGAGAGGGCACAGCGAGCGGACCCCACAAUGCUACCCCCAGCUCUACUGCAUAACCGAGCUUUCCUCCUGGUACGUGUCCUAGCGUUGGCGCGUGGUCGUGUCUUCAGCACGAGUGUCACCAGUAGUGAGAAUCCUAGUCGAAGUUCGCUACCUCCGAUGCAGGAGGAGUCGUUUGCUCACUGGUCUCUGGUCGAAACACUAAUCCAGAAUGAAGCAUUAACAGUCGAAACACUGGCAGACGAAGUGGUCGCUAAUUUGGCGCAUGGUAGUUGUUUCUUUUUUUCAUCGUCGACGGCGGGCAACGCUGUGACAUUUCUAAGUCCAAAAGGCUCCGGCGCGCUACUUGCCCGCAGGGCCAUUCGCGGCGACGCGAAAAAAAGUGAGGCCCGGCCGACGUCUGGAAGAACUUGUGGCGCCGACUGGGCGCGCAGGGCGGACGCUGGGCGUGCAGGGCUGCACCUCGUGCGCCAUGCCUCCGCGCAGUGCAUGGGGGCCCGCUUGUCCGAACGGUGCCGCGUAUGGAAGGGAGCACUAACCACCCUUUCUACCAACUGCUUGCCAUCAGUGCGACCCUUGCAGGCGACAGCGCUCCGAUGGCGAUCACGAUCCAAAAAAUCGCGGCCACCCUAAGGACAUGGCCUGGCCGCAGGGCGUCGGCGCUGUGGCUCUGUCCACAGGGGAGCAGCGGGCCGCGCAGACGGGCCCGGGGAAGGUCCGUGGCGCUGUCUCUUCUAUUGUUUUCUGGAGGUAUGCCUGGCCUGGCCAACGUCUCAUCUUGCAGGAAAAGCGCCGCAAGGAAACAAGCGCGGGAGCUUCGUGAGAAGGCUGCGGCCCGAAAGACACGCAUGAGAGCGCACCAAAAAGCCGGCGGCCGGCUAGAAGGCGGACGCCUGGCGCCCUCAACUCCGAGCACCAUAAGGGUGGCGCGAUAUCGCUACCGUAUGGGUCUUAGAUUUGAGUAGACGCGGCUCGCAUUUCAGCAGGGCUACUGGCUUUGAAAGGCCACGCGCAAAGUGAGCGACUUGGUGGCGACAGUUUGCCAGCAGGCAACCACUUCGGCGAACUACGGGGCGGCUUUCUAGUUCUAUUCGCGUACUUUCACCAAGGCAGGGCGACCGGGAUGCGGUUGCGGGGGUCGGGUUUGCUGGAGGGAUGAAAGCUGGCGCCUAAUUUGGAGCGUAGCGCGCCCUGUGCAGCAUAGGAGCCGGGCCGGGUCGGCUUGUGGGUCUUGCUGGGUACGGGGCACGGCUGCUGCGGCUUGGGUCCGCAGUCGUAUGAGGAGGGCGGGCGCGCGCCGACUUUUUGGCGCCUUUGCGCUUUGGGUAGCCAGCCCAGAGGCCGCGCGCACGCCUAGCAAGACGAAGGACCAGCGCACGAAAUAGCCCGCGGGAUGUUACCCCGAAGGGUGAGACGAAGCGCCGGGCACUCGAAGAGUGCGCACGCGUUCGCAGUUCAUGCGGCUUUGGAUGCGUGAACUUCUGAAAUUUCAUGGCGCGGCCUCCUCCACUUCUACCGACUUCGCGCGCCGGUGAUACUUUUCAAACGGUUGCAAAAGAGACGAGGCUGGGCGCGGCGAGGCCUUCUGGUAUGGUAAUUGGCUCUCCAGAUCAUUUCGGGCGCUAUUACGUGGGCAAUGUAUUGCACAGAGCGCAUGGGCUGCUUAUCCAACCUAUGGAGUAUCCUGGUCUGUCAUUGGUAUCCCGGUCACGUCACGGCUAUGGCUGAAAUUGUACACACGAAGCGUGUUAAUAACGGAGGCCACUCCGCCCCUAGUACCGAUUUCGCCAGGGUCUCUGGAAUAUUGCCAAGCUUCACGAGUGAGGGGCCAGCGAUCUCCAACGGGACGGCCUUGCUGUAUCUUUUUGCUCUCUAGUGCGAGCGAGUGGCAGAAGCUUAGCUGAGAGCACAGCCUCGAAAUGAAGACCGUGCAGACAUUGCGGCGUCGAGUACCGGGGCCGCGGCCUGCAUUCGCAUGAGAAGGCGCGCAAUCCAAUAAAGCACUUUUCUCGCAUUUUCUGACAAAGGUCGCCCCGGGGGGUUUCGUGUGGGGUGUUAUGGCUGCAGCUGGCACAAUCAUCACGAGCACGAAGGUGCAGGGGAGUGCCUUUUAAACAUAAAGUCCUCGAGUAUUACGAUCCUCGUGCAAUUUUUAUUGUGUUUAGUCGUUACGGAGAGACUUGGCCUUGCUCGCUUCUUUUUGUCGUGUGUCGAUCUAGUUGCUCGGCCGGCAAAUCCAUGCAGUGCGGGCGGAAGGCGAACGAAAGACAGGAGUUUGGGACGAAGUCCGCACUGCAGCCGGCAGUGGUCCAGAGGAGAAGUGGGCAGUUUCUGCGCGACCCCGUCACUGUGCGCCCAUCCGUGCUCUGGGCAGCAGCGAAGAACAGGAGGCAGCACCAGGGGGACAAAAUGGCCGCAGGUCUCCGAGCUGCCAGCCUUACGCCGCCAACAGCGAAGCAAGGCAAAGCGCCGGAUACUAGCACGGCGGGCGCUCCGGUGUCAGGACAGUAGUGGCGCCUCGAGUGGCUUGCUCUUGGAUGGUUUUGCCGCCUCGCACUCACAUAAUCGAGGAAGUCUCGACGACAGUCGCGGCCAAGCUCCCUCCAGUCUUGGCGGUGUUUAUGAGCCACUAGGGAAGAACAAAGGCAAAGCGCGCGCGUGGGGUCGGCUUUGCCUCGGUUAAAUGGCCUACCUAGCAUCUUGGUAGAAGCGGCGAGGGCUUUCGCGCACGCAAUGACUUCGCCGGCAAGCUGAAAGGGGUCCACAGCAUUCACCGUCUGCCACAUCUGCGGCGGGGUGGCUUGCGAGGUGCAGGAAAUUCGCAGCGCUGGCGGAGCUUCUACGGGUGGCAAAUAGAUGAAUUAAACGCCCGAGGCCUCCACGCUUGGCGCUUUUCUGAGAGUGGUAGGGCGCAACACUCAGCGCCGCCACCUGCCUUGGGUGGCUCGUCUGGCUUUCGCGGGCGCCGUCGUAGCCGAUGCCUUUGCCCACGGGUCGGCGCGGGGGGGCUUGCUCUCGGUGGCGCGGCUCUGUCUACUUUUUGUAGCCGCGUCCGCUUAGGUGAAGCCGGCAAAGUCAGUUCUUGUUUUGUUGCUUAGUUAUUUCCUCCCGCCAUGCUCUCAUGGGGGUCGGAGGCAGACGCUACUUUUUCUAUACUUGUUAGUUUGUAGUUUGUAGCUAAGCUGGUGUUAGGGCGACGGCCUGAGAACAUUCAGGGACUCCUCAGCUGAUGCUUUAAAUCAACUCUUCAUCUGCAACUGCUCUACAGCUUCUUCAGACGGUCGUUGGCAUGAAGCCGUUUUUGUGGGUAUUUGUGCCUUAGUCAGCGCAGCCUGUGGAACUACAGAGUAUGGGGCAAACUUUUCUUCCGCACUGAGAAACUUGCAGAUGACACAACUCAUGCUAGACCUAUCAGAGUCUAAAAGCCUUUCGCAUGUUGGUACUAUAUUACCACUGUACUUCUAGAAUCUUGACAGACUUAUAUGAAGUUCCUUUUAGAAUAUGAAUUGAAACAGCACGAGCACACAUUAUAUAAGUACUCAACUUCAAAAAUUUGAUACUCCUUCCUAGUACUUGUAGGACGAGCAUGACAACUCCAUUCCAGUGCUAGUAUCAAGGGAAAGUAAAAAUCACAAACAUUACAACAACAGCUGCUCGUGGAGCAAUCGAAGCAAUUGCGCGUAUUAUCUCAACGAGCAUGGAAGGCUUGGAACUCUUUGUUUCUCUAGGAGGUGCGUCCUGCUUUCAGCUGUUGAUGGACCGUCACAGCGAAGAUAAGAUUUUACAGGCUAGAGCGAUCCGUGCUCUAGCUUCCUCUAUGGAUUGGCCGGACAUCAUCCGAGAGAAGGCGGCGGUUGACCAUGCAAUGCUACUGCAUAAGGUGCAACAUGCAAUGACGUUGCAUUUGAACUUAUGGAAUUUUAGCCUCUUUUUUUGUUGAUAGUGCUGGAUCUCAAUUUGUUGUUGAGAACAGAUAAGGACUAAUUGCAGAUGUGUGUGGGUAUUUUUGUAAUCUCAGAAGAGCCCUAAUUUCAGAUGUAUGUAGUAAUUUUUGUAGUCUUCGAACAACCUCCCUCCUCCUCUAUCUCUAACUUCUGACGCCUGGCUGCUCUGUGCUGGAUUCGAGGGCUUCUACAAGUUUUUGCCAAUGGUCCUGCAUACCGAUCCGGACUUGGUGCGGAAGGUUUCCGUAACCGUUCACGAGGUGUUGCAGAGAUUUCCGGAUGACACGAAACUGAUCGCAUGGGGCACUAGGAUCCUGGAUAUUGCGAAGGGGCCGACGUCGAAGUGAGGAGCAGGGAAGGAGGCAGGGAAGGUCGUUGAGCCAACAAUUCUUUGAAGAAAGGACCGGGGCAUCAAGUAGCUGGAGUGUAGAAAGAGUUAAUAAAUGGGCAAAAGAAGGCUUUUGGAAGUAUACUACUCUGGAUUCGCGAUGUAAGGUACUAUGAAUACUUUUAAGAUAAUAGGAUAAUAAAAACCUGAAACUGUAGAUAAUUCGAAGAAGCUAUUUCUGUACAUCGACUCGGACAUUUUUUCAUGAUGAGGAGUGACAUCCAUCCACUCAACAUGACAAUGAUUUUAUUCCAUGGAUAAGCACAAGAACAGCGUGCUUGACGACGAUAUCUCAAGGAUUUUGUUGAAGAUAGCCUGCUGUCAUCAUAGCAUGAGCAUAUUGAGCAAUCUGAGAGCGGGGCGCACUCGACUGUCUUUCUCUACGACGACAA